AUGGCAGUCCAUGUAUGUUGCAUAGGACCAUGUAUUGAUGUGGUUAAACGCCUCUCAAAAGAUCCAAAUGUCGCUUUGGAAAGGUUCGAAAACGUGUCACAGUUGUUGUUGAACUUGUUCAAAAGAAGAUUAUGCGACCCAGAUGUAACGUUCGAGGGACCGUGCGUGCUUCUCUGUUACGAACCCGUGAAAACGAAGCUUAGAUCUACUUCACCUUUGAACUCAUUGGGUCCAAAAGCACUAUCGUACUGCAUUCGCGAUAUGUUCCCAUGUUUUAACUUAAUCACCAUUCCAGUAAACGAGUUCAUGGAUUAUUACGAUACAGUUGUCAUCCCUAAAUUAGUGCCUGGCAUGGAUGAUACGGACGAUAAUUUAGAUAGGCUUUCAAACAUCUACCGAUGGAUGUAUUCGGACUCUGAUUUAAUACUUGAUAAGGAAGAAGUUAAGGGUGGGGAUCCUGCCUCUGGGUCUGGGUCCGAUAAUGGUCCUACUUCAAAAUCAUAUGUUCCAUGUUGUUCAGACAAUCUAUAUACCAUGGCAUCGCACCUCGCAUACCUGAGUCCAGACGUCAAGAAUUCGCAUGAAAUGAUACCGGUAUGGGACUAUCUGGAUUUUACAGAUUUAGUUCAAGCGCAGUUGAAAAACGAUAAUGACUUUUAUUGGAAAUCAUUAGAUAGCUGGAAUUUUUGCGCCCAUUCUUUGAGUUGUACAGAAUUAGUUUGGUGUUCAUAUCUUAUCUUGAAUAAAUUGAGCAAACAGUGCAACCUAUCUCAUACCCCACCUGGCAAAAAUCGUUUGCUAUUGAUGCUUUUGAAUAUAGAGGCCACAUACCACCAAACAAACAAGUUUCAUAACUUCAAACAUGCCGUGGACGUCCUACAGGCUACCUAUAGAUUGUGCCAUCUUCUUGAACUACCAAGUCUACCCUCUUUUCUCUUGUGCAUAGCAGCAAUUGGGCAUGAUGUUGGUCAUCCAGGAACAAACAAUAUGCUAUUUAACAGAUAUCACUCUCCUCUCUCGCAGUAUUACAAGGAACAGUCAGUAUUAGAAAACUUCCAUGCGGACGUAUAUCUUGAUAUUCUUUCUCGCUAUUGGCCAGGACUCUCUCAUGAAUUUACAACAAUUAAAGACUCGAUAAUAGCUACGGAUAUGGCUUUACACAAUCAUUACGUUGAAACGAUAAAACAAGAAACAGUGCCGACAUUAGCAGGCUUAACGUCAUUGAUUAUCAAAGCAGCAGAUAUUUCAAAUGUCACCAGACCCUUGCUAAUAUCAGCAAAGUGGGCUGCUCUUAUAACGAUGGAAUUUACUGAAUGUGCGCUGUUGGAAAAAAAUUUAAUAGAGUGGCAAAAAAAUGGCAGUAACUCUAGCAUGAAGAUAUCGCAUAAACUUCCUGUAGAGUUCAUUGGAACGGUAGAACUUCCUUCGACAAUCGAUGAACUUUUAAAGAGGUACCCAAGUAUUCCAAAAGGUCAAACAUUUUUUAUUGAUACAUUUGCACUAAGUUUGUUCUCUGGAUUAGGACUGAAAUUCAAACAGCUCUACUUUUUGGUUGACAACGUAGAGAGUAAUAGAAAGUUUUGGAUCGAAAAGGGCUUGGAGCAGGGUUAA